AUGGUGUGCUUCAGGAACAGUCUGCGGACGCGCAAGCACAGCGUGUGCACGGAACCGGACCUGUCGCGGCGCAACUCGAACGCCAUUUUCUCGGCGCUGCUGUUCCGCGAGGAGAGCAGGGCCAUGAAGACGUCCAUGAUGGUGCUGUCCACGUACCUGUUCAGCUGGACGCCGCUGUUCGUGCACGUGUCCAUCGUCCAGCUGCCGGACGAGGUGGUGUACACGUGCGCCCUGUCCGCGGCCACGCUCAACCCGCUCGUGUACGUGUUCCGGAACGACGCUUUCCGGAAGGAAAUGCUGCGGGUGGUGUGCAGCCGGAAGCGGUUGCGCGAGUCGGCCGCGGCCAAGGCGGCCAUCACCGACCACCAGCAGCACCGGCUCAUGACGGCCCACCAGGCCGACAGCGUGUCGGUGCACAGUUUCCGCAUGUCGUCAGUCGAGUGCCAACACUCGUUCGACUCGGUCACGCCGCCGCCCGCCGACUUUGUCGCCACGUACAACCCGAUAAACGGAUCAGAGCGUUGUACGCGAUACGAGAGCGUUACGUUCCGGUUGGCCCAGCGCCGUUGCCAAUACUGCAGCAGACAGAGUUCGGACUCGUCUUUGAGCAGUAACUAUCCAUUGCUGGUCAACAAAAACCGAUCUUCCAGUGAGCCAAACACGCCGAAACAUCAUAACAACAACGAAAACCGAAUCGUCAUGUUUAAGGUGUCGGAAGUGGAAACCAAAAGGAAUAAACUUCAAAGGAUGAUGGCGAUAGACACCGAUUGUCCAUCGACUCGAGUCUAA